ACGUCUCGGCUUUCAGUAGCGUCCGGGAGUUGCCCACGAGCCGAGCAGACAUGAGAUCCAUCGAGAUAUUAGUCGUGCUCGCCGCUGUAUUCGCCUCACCGAGAAUGAGCUUGUGCGCGAGUAUCGGUAAUCGUGAGAAGAACAUCUGUGAAGGCGUGCUUCCGGGGCAAUUGCUCAACGAGAUUGACAGUUACGCGCCCAUCGUAGAGCGAAUAAUAAAUGCGACGGCGAGGGCGGGAAGCGAGUUCGCGGGCUCAACGUGGACGGAAUUGUCCACUUUCGUUGACAAAUUCGGCUCGAGAUUCACCGGAACGAAGAAUCUCGAAGAUUCGAUCGAUUAUGUGCUCAAUAGAUCGGCAACUGUAGGCCUGGAGAACGUGCACGGCGAAGCAGCAACCGUUCCCCGUUGGAUAAGAGGUCACGAGAGCGCCGCGCUUCUAACUCCAAGGACGAAGGAUCUUAAGAUUCUGGGCUUGGGAUACAGCGUGGGAACUGGGGAGCAAGGCAUAACCGCCGAGGCCAUCGUGGUCUCGAGCUUCGACGAAUUGCGAGCAAGGAAGUCGCAAGUGCGGGGAAAAAUAGUCGUUUACAACGAGAAAUUUGUAUCUUACGGUGAAACCGUUGCGUAUCGUUCGUCCGGAGCGGUCGAGGCAGCGAAACUCGGCGCGGUCGCGACUCUCAUCAAGUCGAUCACACCGUUUUCGCUGUACACUCCUCACACGGGCAUGAUGCACUACGAGGCAAACGUGACGAAAAUUCCGGCAGCUUGCAUCACUCACGAGGAUGCCUCGCUCUUGAGCAGACUCGCGGCCAGAGGCGAAAGAAUCUCCUUGAAAAUAUUUAUGGAGGCGAAAACAUUGCCGGAUGUACAAUCCCGAAACAUCGUAUCGGAGAUUGUCGGAAAAACCGAACCCGCCAAAGUUGUCGUGGUUUCGGGUCACGUCGACAGCUGGGACGUCGGUCAAGGAGCGAUGGACGACGGAGGCGGUGCUUUCGUUUCUUGGGGCUCUUUGGUACUCCUCAAACGUUUGAAUCUCCGUGCACGAAGAACAAUCAGAUCGAUCAUGUGGACUGGUGAAGAGAUGGGAAUAAUCGGAGCGACCCGGUACAUCAAGGAGCACCUCGCAGAACGCUCGAAUCUCCAGUUCGUCAUGGAAUCCGAUAUGGGCACCUUCGCGCCGCUGGGACUCAUGUACGACGGAACGUUAACGGUCCGUUGCGUACUCGAAAAAGUAAUGAGAUUGCUCGAGCCACUGGGCACGACGCAACUAAAAUCACCGAGCGAAGGUCCCGACAUUGGAGCGUGGACCGAAGCUGGCGUGCCCAGUGCGAGCCUCUGGACGCAAAACGACAAAUACUUUUGGUACCACCACUCUGAGGCGGACACGAUGGAGGUCGAGGAUCCAGUAGCACUGGAUCGAAGCACGGCUCUUUUCGCAGCCGUUGCUUACAUCCUGGCCGACACGAGUCUCGAUCUUCCUCACGGACAGACUUAUACUACGAACAUCAUAUGAAAAUCAAGGAAUUAAGGGAGUCAAAUAGUCGGAUAAAAAUAAAAAUUAGGCGACGAGUGAUCGUGCAGAGUAAACAAAAAUCCAGUAGGCGCUACAGCCUCUUUCGAGGUUAUUUUUUUCUAAAAA